AUCCAGACACAUAAACGAAAGAAGGUCGGAAAGAGAAAGUAGAGAGAGAAAGAGAAGAGAGAGAGUGUAUCGGAGGAGAGCGCGAUCAGAGAGACAACGAGGGCUCCUUCAAGCUCUGAUUCAAAGCCACAGGUAGAAAAAUCAGCGGCGAAACCUAAAUGCGGCGGAGCAGUUUUUAGGCAGAAGAAAAACCCGAUAAAAUUGAGGCGAGAAUUGAAAGCUAUUGAAAUCAGCUUGGGUUCCAACGAUCAAAAGAGUUUGAAGAUUGUGAAAGCCAGUACUUUUGGUUUUCUGAAUCUCAAUUUUGGUAGAGAUGCAAUAAGGUCAGGCUUACCAAUUUCUGUUUCUUGUUAAAGUUCAUUAGUAGCUUAAAUCUCUCCAAUCGCUGUCCUCUUGCUUCCCAAUUGUGUAUGAAAAUACCAAAUUUUCUCUUCGGAAGUCUGCGGAGUCAAUCGUUUGAUCAAUUUGUUGCAUUUUGAGUUCUGUUCAUAGUUUCAGAAAGGUUGUUGGAAUUGGGAGAUUGCUAAUAUGUUGAUUUGUGACUGUACUUGGAGUUGGAAAGAGGCAUCUCUUUUUGAAAAUUAAGGAAUUUCGUGUGAUGUAGACGCGAUUGAGGUUAGGGUUUAUGUAUUGUUGGAUUGGAAUUUGAAUAAUUUGGGAACUUCGUUUUGGAGGGAGAGUUAGUUAGAAACCGUAACUCAUGAUUUGCUUCUUUCCUCGCUACUGAAAACCUAAUUAGGGUUUUCCAUGAUCUGUUUUGGCUAUUCAUUAUGUGGGCUGUCGUUGAACAGAUUGAAUUUCUUCUGGAAAAUGGGAUUUUGUAGAUGGACCAAAACCCUAAUUUAGUUUCUUAAAUUAGGGGCUUUAGUUUCUUGUGUUGAGAAAUGCAACCACCACAGCAGCAGUCAUGGAUCAAUAUUGCUGAAUUGAAAAAACAGAUAAUCAGGAAGCUUGGACCAGAAAGAUCCAAGCAAUAUUUUGAUUACUUGAAUAGAUUCUUGAAUUUAAAGUUAAGCAAAGAUGAAUUUGAUAAACUUUGUGUAAGAACAGUUGGUAGAGAGGGUAUUCUGCUUCAUAAUCAGUUAAUUCGUUCGAUUUUAAGAAACGCAUGUACAAAAGUCCCUCUUGGAAAUAAGAAACCUUCGGAUGGCCCGUUUAUCCAAAACGGGUCGAACCCGGUUGCAACCCGGGCUUCAAGUCCACUUGUUCUCCCAAAUGGAGACAUUUUGUCACCAACACAACGAAAGAUAAGGACAGGAGCCCGAAGAAGUGCUCUCAAGCCAAAUGGGAAGACAAAUUAUUCUUCCCCUUCAUCACCCAUUGAUACUCGAAAACCCGUGCAACAUCAUCAAGAAGUCAUCAAACAACCACAACAUGAAGUGGUAUCCGGUAGGAUUCCACUACAUGCGCCACUUGGAAUUCCUUACUGUCCGGUCAGUAUAGGUGGGGCCCGCAAGGCCCCACCUACUAAAUAUGUUGGUGUCUCGGACACCAACAGUUUGUUAGAUACAAUAACAUUGAGGGCACGCAUGGAGCCAAUUGCCGCAACACAAGGCCUUCAAGGGGUUACAGUGGAUUGCGCCAACGCGAUCAAUAACGGAUUGGAUGUUUAUUUGAAGGGUUUGAUACGAUCAUGUUUUGAACUUAAUGGGGCCCGUUUAGGUCAUGAGCCCGUUAAGAUCAGCCCGAUAUCUUUGUUAGACUUUAGGGUUGCCAUGGAGAUUAACCCUCGGCGGCUUGGUGAAGAUUGGCCUUUAUUGCUCGAGAAGAUAUGCAUGCGGGCUUUUGAGGAAUGAUAUAAAUUUGUGAUCUAUGUUUUUUUAUAUAUCAUUUGGUUGCUAUGUUGUAUGAUUAGCAUUGUGUGUAAUUUAAUCAAUCGCUUAAUUUAGAACAGUUUUGAAGGAAUAA